AUGAACCAUCAUCUUACAUUAGCAAAACUUGUGCUUCUUGUUGCUGUUAUUCAUACAGCUGAUAAUGAAAAUGAACUGAAACUGUCAGUCACGCUACUCACGUUGCCCAUUUACAAGUUCAGCUGUGAUAUGCUUCCAUUGGAUGUUCAAUACAAGAUGCUGGCCUGUUUUAGUCCACAUUCAACAACCGAGUCAACGACAUCAGCAACAUUGAUGAUCAAAGAUACAAUUACUUUGUCAAACUAUAUACGAGAUCAAAAGGAACGUCUGGAGAUACUAGCUCGAAUUCAAGCAACGGUUAAAGAACUAAAACACAUUGCAUUUUAUUCGAACAUAUCUAGCUUACAUUCAUAUACGCAAAUGAGAAAGUUUUACAAUGGUGUUAAUUUGGAAGAAACUCAAGGAAAAUUAGGCGGUAUCAUUGAAAAGCUAAAUGAAGUGGAUCGACAAGAAUCGUCAUUACGUGAACAAAUAAAGAAGAUUCAAGUGAAAUUAAUGUUUCGUUCAUUCGAAAAUUCAUUAACAGAUAUUAUUCAUGGAGAUGCGAAUAUUAACUUACUGUCAUCAAAUGAACAAUUGCUGAUAAUCGAAAGAUUAUCGAAGAACUAUUAUGAUGAUUUAGAUUCAACUCUAUCAUUACAUUAA